UCUAUCCUAAUGGUUGAAUUAGAAUCAGUUGUUAAAGCAAAUACACCACCUGGUUUCAGUGUUGAACUUAUUCAUCGUGAUUCACCACUUUCUCCUUUCUACAAUCCAUCUCUCACCUCCUUAGAGAUCCUAACAAAUAAUACCAUUCGUUCAAGGGACCGAGUCAAACAUUUACAGUCUUUGGUUAACCAAAAGGUCAUCCAAUCUGUCGUGGCUCCAGUUGAAGUGGGCGUGGAUUACAUGAUGAAGCUCUCUUUUGGAACCCCACCUGUUGAAUACUGGGUGGUGAUAGACACCGGAAGUGACCUUUCAUGGAUACAACGUGUUCCAUGUACUAAAUGUUAUUCUCAAAGCUCUUCUCUUUUCGAUCCCAAAGCAUCUUCCACUUACAAAGCGUUUUCCAGUGAUUCACAGACUUGUCGAACUUUGACAGAAACAAACUGCUCAAAAACCAAUGAUUGUCAAUACCAUGUUUACUAUGGAGACAUGUCAAGGACUAUAGGAGUCCUGAGCUCUGAUACUUUGAGUUUUGGUUCUCAAAAAGCCACAUUCCCCUUGUCUAUAUUUGGUUGUGGACAUGGUAAUCAACUUACAGUUGGAAUUGCGAACCCUGGCAUUGCUGGACUUGUUGGCCUAGGAUGGGGGAACUUUUCCCUAGUUUCUCAAAUCCGAACUCAAAUUGAUCACAGAUUGUCCUAUUGUUUUGUUCCACAAUCAGCAAAGUCCAGUGGUAAACUGUCGUUCGGGCAAGAAUCGAUAAUCUCUCGUCCUGGAGUUGUUUCAACUCCGCUUGUGUCCAAAUUUCCUGAAACGUAUUACUACCUUACUCUUGAAGGUGUUAGCAUUGGAGACAAGACCGUGCGGUCAUCAUCAGGACAAGGGAAUAUCGUAAUUGAUUCUGGAACAACAAUGGCAUACCUAGAACAAGAUUUGUAUGAUGGCUUAGAGGCUAUGCUGAGAGAUGUCUUUGGAGAAGAGCCGGUGCAAGAUUUUUCAAGCAUGUCUAGAUUGUGUUUUAGGACUGACAAUAACAUCAGUGUUCCGGAGAUGGUGUUCCAUUUCACUGGUGCUGACAUUCGAUUGCAACCUGUCAACACAUUCGAGGUUGAUGGAAACUUGGCUUGUAUGCUGAUAUUUCCAAACCAUGAUAUCCUUUCUAUCUUUGGAAACACUGCACAAAUAAAUUUCCAGGUGGAGUAUGAUCUUCUAAAGAGGACUAUCUCUUUUGCCCCAACAGAUUGUACCCAACAAUAA